AUCGCGCACUAACUUGAUCUGUUGAAUAACCAAUGUACGCUUCAACCCCCAAUUCAUUCCCUUCUGCAAAGGUAUGCAAGUGACUAUACUGAUCAGGCCAGCCCCAUUAUCUCUCCUCAAAGGUUUGCAAGAAAGAGCGUACGUUAGUCUUCAGGACCCUCAAUCACAACUUGAUCUAGCUUCAAAUCACCCUCUGUGAACCCUCCAAUGGCGCCUUCUACUACCGUCACAAAGCCCACCUUCGUGGACAACCUGCUGGGGCUUGUAAGCCGUCCAGCUCUGACGCCACAUCAAAUUGGCGCUGUCCCCACGACCGCGCACCCGCUCGAUCCCCUGACCGCUGCCGAGGUUUCAGCCGCUGGAAAGGCCUGUCGACUGCAUGCGGACUCCCUGGGGCUGACCCAACUCCGCUUCAAUGCCAUCACCCUCGAGGAGCCACCAAAGGCAGCAUUGCUAGAGUACGAGGCAAGCGGCCGGCGAUUGGCCAAGCCUCCUCGCCGUGCGCACUGCAUUGUGCAGCUUCCCUCUGAACCCAACUCGUCUGUGGCCGAAGUGCUUGUGGAUCUCUCCUCCCCUGUUCCGGCCGUCCUCAACUGGGUCAAGGUGGAAGGUGUGCAGCCCAUGGUCACAAUCGAGGAUUGCGUGGAAGCAGAGGAGAUUGUGAAAGCCGACCCAGGCAUAAGGGGUCUUCUGAAGGACCGCUAUGGGAUCACCGAUAUGGACAUGGUGGCUGCUGAUCCCUGGUACUACGGAGACCGCUUUGCUGAAGAAAGCAAGUACAGCGAUGGGCGCAUCAUACAGUGCUUCAUGUACGUGCGCUCCGGCUCGGUGCACGACAACCACUACGCGCACCCCCUGGACCUGGUGGUGUUCCUGGACAUGAACACCGGCCGUGUGCUGGACACCCUCAUGCAGGCCACCUCGCCCGUCAUCCCCCAGCUCAGCACCAACUACCUCGCACCCCUUGUGCAGAAGGAGCGUGGCUUCCGCUCAGGCCUCAAGCCGCUAAACAUCGUGCAGCCGGAGGGCCCCAGCUUCCAGGUGCACGGCAACGAAGUCAGCUGGCAGAAAUGGAACAUGCGCGUCUCCUUCAACUACCGCGAGGGCCUGGUGCUCCACAAUGUCGGGUAUGAGGAUGGGGGCCGCGUUAGGCCCGUCCUCCAUCGCGCCAGCACAGUGGAGAUCAUUGUGCCCUAUGGCGACCCACGCUCGCCCUUCCACAAGAAGUGUGCUUUUGAUGUUGUCGAUUAUGGACUUGGUUUUUCCUGCUCCUCGCUGGAGCUCGGCUGCGACUGCCUCGGCCAUAUCCACUACUUUGAUGCCAUGCUCAACACGAAUAAGGGAGAGCCGAUGCUGAUCAAGAAGGCAGUUUGCAUGCACGAGGAGGAUCAUGGCCUCCUGUGGAAGCAUGUGGAGUACAGGACUGGCCACAGCGAAGUGCGCCGCAGCCGCCGUCUCGUCCUGUCCUUUGUUGCCACGAUUGCAAAUUAUGAGUACGGCUUCUUCUGGUACUUCUACCAGGAUGGCACCAUCGAGCAUGAGGUCAAGCUGACCGGCUGCUUAUCGACCAACAUGUUGUCUGAGGGAGAGGGGCCCUUGCCCACCCAUGGGACCCUGCUUGCCCCAGGCCUCAAUGCUCAGAUCCACCAGCACUUCUUCUGUGUGCGCUUGGACAUGGCCGUGGAUGACCCCCAUGGUGGUCGCAACCUGACGGUGAACUGCGACUCCAUGCCCCUGGGGCCUGACAACCCGAAUGGCGUGGGCUUCACUGCCACAGAGACUCCCUUCGAGACAGAGUUGCAGGCCGUCCGUGAGGUGGACCCCCGUCGCUCGCGCGUGUGGAAGAUCAAGAAUAUGCACUCCCGCAACUCCAUCACAGGUGUGCCUGUGGCAUGGAAGCUGAUGCCUUUUGCGUCGCCGCCUGUGUACGCACAUCCGAGCAACGAGCACAGCCGCCGCGGGGCAUUUGCCACCAAACAGCUGUGGGUGACGCCCUACUCGGAUGACGAGAAGUUCCCAGCUGGAGACUACCCGCUGCUUGCUGGUGACACCAACAGCAUCGCCAACUGGACCAGUCUGGACCGCAAAAUCAAGGAGAGCGACUGCGUCGUAUGGCAUUCCUUUGGAGUCACUCAUGUGCCGCGCCUGGAGGACUGGCCUGUCAUGCCAGUGGAAAGGGUGGGAUUUCAUCUGAAGCCCGUCAACUUCUUCGACGCCAAUCCUGGGAUGGACAUUGCGCCCCUUCCCAACAAGGCAUCCCGCGAGCACCAGGGGAGCAGUGCUGCCUGCGAAUCUUGUGGUCCCCAGAGCAAACUUUGA